AUGACAACGCAGCCCCCACUUAACGGCGUUUACGAAUACCAAAAGACGAUCAGGCACCGUAGUAUCUCGCGCGGGGCCUGGACAGAAACAGGCAGUGCUAACGAGGAAAACGUGCGCGGCCCCCGAACGCCAACGGAAGGCAGCGACGGGGAAGCAGGCCAUCGCGGCUGUGGAACGACGAUUCGCGAAGACAAACACGGAGAACAGGAAACAGAGGAAAUUUCUGUACCAGACGAUAAGGCAGGAAAGGCAUCAGCACGCGCUGGUUCGCGCAUUCAGAGACAACUUGCUCCUGACAGAGAAGACUUCGAGGCCGAGCGCAAGGCACUUUCCAAGAGUCGCGCUAACAAAGUUGGAACGACGCACCAAAGCCACAUACAGUACACCGGGGGCGAUACGAGAUCCACCGCUGCGGGCUCAGGCGAAUCUGGAGACUUCAACUCCCCGAUUGCCUCGUGUUUCUCACCAACUAAAGAGUCAGGACACAGCUCGAACCUCGUAAAUGACAAAUCGCUGGGUGCGGUCUCCGCCGCCAUGGAUCCAUUGGCUUCGCCUUCGUCGGCACUCGCCCGCUUGCCGGAUGACGAGCAAAGACUGACAGCGACUUUUCUGUCGAGACGCGACCUCCUGCUCUCUCUUUCUGCACGCCUGAAAACUCUGAUACCGAACAAGAGAGGUCAAGAAAGCCAACAGGCGUCAGAAGGCGCACUGCAAGCGGAAGUCCAAGAGCUUCCCCCGACUCGAGAGGCUGGUGCUGUCCAGCGCAUCAAAUACAGCCCGCGGGAAGGGAACGCCGCGAAACGAAGCGGCUCUCCAGGGAUAAAGACAGCCAAGCUUCAAUCUCACGAAACACUAUCAGCAAGGUCAGGUAGUGGAAAACACAAUGGAAGCGACAAGAAACGGACAGAGACCGCCCGCUAA